CCAUCUUAUAUAUUUACUAACUAUGCAAUAUCUAAAAUGGCGAAGUACUGGGUGAUUGUUUCUUUCACUAAAUAGGUUAUACAAUACAAUUGUAAUUGGCAGAAAUAAUAAUAAAAUAAUUUGAUUCGAUAGAAUUAUAAAAGGGUAUUAUGAUUAUGUUGAAAUAAUUUGUAUUUGUGCAACACCUUAAUGUUCUAAUAAUAAAAAAAAACACGUGGAUAAUGGCUGAAAAUGUCGUUCAGUGCGAUGAUGAGUUUGUACAUUCCAUCAAGACAUUGCUCUGGGGUAAUAGUAUUAAAAAAGAUGUUUUCAAACGAUGGGCUCAAGGAUUUUAUUUUAGUCCCGAUGAGCCAACAGCAUUGAUACAAACAGAAGGUGGUCCUUGUGCAGUAAUAGCUCCUGUUCAAGCCUUUAUUUUAAAGGAAUUAUUAUCAGAGACUGAUGUUUCAGCUUGGAAAAAUAUAAAUUUAGAUACAUGUUAUCAACUCCUUGUACGGGCUUCUAUAGAAAUUUUAAAACAGGCAGCUGGGGAAAAAGUUCCAAAAUUUUGUAUUGUUUUCAUGGAUUGUAAAUUUUCAAAUGAAGACAAUGGAAGGAAAACCAAAUGGGUAGAAAAAAUACCAGAAAUUGAAAACCGUGAAACAGAAAUAAAUGUAGCAAAUAAUGAAAAUCAAGAAACAAAAAAAAAAAUAUUACUGAUGGAAAUGAAUGAAGAAUGCAGAAGUGUAGAUUCCGAUCUUUUUCAUUCUCAAUUGAGACUUUUUACAACUAAUACCUCUGAACAUGUGGAAGAGUUUUUUUUAGAGAGGUUAGAGAUGUUAAAAGAUCGAUAUGGAAUUUUGUUGCUUCUUUAUAGUAUAAUUGUUACAAAAGGUGUAACUGAAAUUCGUUCAGAAAUGUCUGAUCCAUUAGAAUCAAUGAUUGAUUCAACAUAUGGCUAUGGAAAUCAGAGUCUUAUAAAUUUAAUGCUUACGGGAAGAGCAGUUAGUCAUGUAUGGGAUCACGAUCAAGAUGUUGGAGGAUUGAAAUUACGAGGAAUAGAUACACAAAAUGCAAUAGGAUUUCUUGCACUUCUUGAACAUUUGUGUUAUUGUGAAGUAGGAACUUUUUUAAAAUCUCCAUCAAAUCCUAUUUGGGUGUUGGGUUCAGAAACUCAUUUGACUGUACUGUUUUCUACUGAAAAGAAACUUGUGAGUCCUGAAACACCUGCGGAUCAAGCAAAGAGAGUUUUUAGAAAAUUUGAUCCAGAGGGAAAUGAUUUUAUUCCUGCUAAUUUGUUACAAGAUGUUCUUGCUGAACUUGGAUUGGUUACAGAUUCAGAUUAUGUCAAUGUAAUGAAGAAAAAAUUGGAUAGUGAAAAUUUGGGAAUUAUUUUACGUACUAAUUUCAUGGAUGAAUUCUUUCCUGAAGAGCCGCGAACAUGCCCAGAUACAUUUCCGUUGUAUCAUUAUAAUGGUCUACAACAUAGCAAUCCAGAAAAUAAAGUGAUAUAUCAUAAAGGUCAAGCUGUGUUACUAGAGUGUACUAUCAAGGGUAUUAUGGAAAGUAAUCCUAUGUUAACAGUACUUCAAACAAAGUGGCCCAGAAUUGAAAUUCAAUGGGAUAUUGGUCAGAAUCCGAGCCUUAAUUAAUAAAUUCUGCUGAUGUUUUAUUUUUAACAAUACUAUUAGAAUUGUUAUGCAAGAAAAUAAAUAACAAAACUAUAAAAGAG